AUGAUACAAGUCAAUGGAUUCAUUGCCAAACUCAAAGCUUCAACGCAAUCUUCCAAAUGCAGAAGUCCAACAACAAGACGAGAAUGGAGGAGCCUGAGCACAUAUGAGAAAGAUGGUUAUAUCAACGCCGUGAGGUGCUUAUUGUCAAAACCAUCAAAGGUCAGACCGGAGGGGGUGCUAUAUGACGACUUUCCAUAUAUACAUAAUCAGAUCGGGGGAUAUUCCCACGGAGCAGCGGCAUUUCUCUCUUGGCACCGUUAUCUCCUUCAUCUCUAUGAAACAGAGUUGAGAACCACAUGCGGCUACACUGGUAGCUUGACUUAUUGGGACUGGAGCCUUGACUGGGAAGCUCUGGCCAACUCUCCAGUAUUCUCUAACACCACCGGCUUCGGUGGUGACGGCAAUCCAACCGCUCCAAAUUCCGUCGGAAACGGACAUUGUGUCACUGACGGCCCAUUUUCUGACCUCGCCCUGCCAUUUUUCAACUCUGACGAUCAUAUCCACUGCCUAUCACGGGGUUUCGCUGACGGAGACGUUCAUGGCCGUUUACCAGGAGACAAAGUCCAGCCGGCGGCUAUUGAUGAGAUUCUCCGACAGCCAGACUUUGAGAGCUUUUUCAUGAAGCUUGAGAAGGGUCCACAUGACCAGAUUCCGAACGGCAUCAGAGGUGACUUCAUUAAGUUCACCGCACCGAAUGAUCCGGUCUUCUUUCUGCAUCACAGCCAACUAGAUCGGCUGUGGUGGAUGUGGCAGCAGAGAGACCCGCUGGUGCGACUAAGUGACUAUGCCGGCAAAGCACGGCAUGGCUCCGAGGAUCGAGCAUCGUUGCAAGAUGUACUUCCAAUGGGCAAAUUUGCACCUGAUAUGCACGUAUCGGAUGUAAUGAACACUGAGACGGGCUUUCUUUGCUAUAGGUAUUGA